AAUUGUCAUCAGUUCCGCUCGGAAAGAAGUGUAGCAAGUACAGUCAGGUUUAACCAAGCCGGACAUUCGAAUAGGACAGUAUUCUAUCGUCUGGUUCUAUAUUUGCAUGUAUUUGAGCAAGGCGGACAGUCUUCCGACUAGGAGUGCUCCGUUUAUUUUAUGAAACUGCAUCCCGAAAUCAUGAGUCACCUAUACCCAGGGCUACUUUCAGCCUACAACAGUCUGACAGACAAACACCUUACGGGAUACUUCAACAAUACCCGGAUCAGGAGACAUCUCCAGAGAGUUGGCCUGAUCACCAGGAGUGGGCGGAUUGUCCCAGACAAAGAGUACAGACACAAUGUGAUGCAGAGAGCGCACCAGAGGCAUGUGAGGGAAUGCCUGGCCCAGGCCAUCUUCCAUAAGGUGCUGGACAUGGAGCGUCUCCAUCAGAUCGAGAUCAAGAGGAAGUUGGAGGAUUUUGCCCGGAGGGAGAGAGUGCAUAAAAUCAAGGUGGAACGUUCCAAGAGGUACGAGGAGGAGAUAAUCCAUAUCCUGUCUCCACGGCCGCCCACGGGCCCCAGGGUCUCCCACGCACAGCAUUCUGGCCCAGAGGGGGAGCACUCUGAAUCCUCUGAAUCUCCGGGCUCCUCUCGACCCAACACGGCUCCAGGGAAGAUGCAGAGGCCGGUGCGUCUGAAGCCCAUCCAUAGUAACAGCACCACAGCCUCCCACAGACACACCUCCCCCUACAGGCCCCAUGACUCCUCCAAUGAAACGGACCAGCCUUUCAACUGCAUUAUGGACAAAGACUCCAGAAGACAUUUGACCGGGACAGAGUUUUCCCGUGGUAUAUCCCCCUACCGCCUUCCAGUCAUCAACAACUUUGUUACCCCAGUGCCACCACCGACUAAGAGGAAAGAGAGGGGCGGUUUUAAGGGUACCCCCAAUGGCACUUUCAGGGGACGGAGACUGCGCCCCACCACGGCCCCAAGUGGUCCCGGAAUGAUGGAGGACUCUACUCUCCCGCGGACCUCUGUGCAGAGCAAAGUAUGUGUGAGCAUGGUGUUCUUUGGGAAGACAGUGCACCUGUCACAUGACCUGAUGGACAUGAGGGAUGAGGUGAAGGUGUUCCAGCAGCACUGUGGGGGAGAGAACCUGUGUGUGUACAAGGGCAGACUCCAGGAGGGAGAGACGUUCCAGUUUGUGUCGCGGCGCCACCGUGGCUUCCCCUUCAGCCUGACGUUCUUUCUCAACGGGCUGCAGGUGGAGCGCCUCAGCUCCUGCUGUGAGUUCAAACACAGGAAGGGUUCCCGGCUAGGCGGCCGCCACGGACAUUUUGGUUUCUCCAGCACGGAGGGAGCCUCGCCCUGCUACAGGUGUAUCAUAGCCAUGGGGUUAGACAAGAAGCCCACCCCUCCUCCAAAGAGAGUCAAAGAGGAAAUCAUAGUCACCCGCCCUCUAAACACUGCAGGGGUGGAGGAGGAGAUGAGUGGUAAAGACAGUCACUCUCAACCAGAGCCUGAGACAACUCAGCCACAGGACAUGGAGACAGAGAUCAAAGAAGACAUUCCAGAAGAGGAGGACAAACCAAAAGAUGACUAUGAAGAGGACUUUGAGGCGGACGACGAGGGGCAGGCUGAGGACAGAGGAGAAGAGAAAGACAAGGAAAGUGUUCCUCCCUCCAGCGAAAGAGACGGAGAGGAUAGAGAGAAAGGCGACCAGUCUGACAGUGAGGACGAUGACAAAGUUGAAGAGAGAAGGUCAAGGUCGAGGUCAGACUCCAGCUCCUCAGGAAGUGACAUGGACGACAGUGAGGCUGAGGCCAAGGAGGACCAAGCAGUCAACCAGGCAGCUGACCUAGAGGAGGCUCCUCCCCAGGCUGAACAGGCAAAAGACACCCCCACCACCAUAGCACCUGAUCCAGACCAACCACCCACAGAGGAUCCCACCACAGCCACAGAGAGCAGCUCUCCUACUCCACCCCAGACCACCUCGACUGGGGAGGAAGACACAGGGACCUUGGGGUACAGCCCUGGGGACAGCACAGCGAGACCCACAGAGCUUGAGGUGUCAGACACAAGUGGGCUGUCGGAGGAGGGGAAAGGUGCUGAGGCUAAGGAGGAAGACGACAAGGAGAGUGGGGCUAAGGCGGAGGGUGAGUCGACACAGGAGGAGGAGCCUGAGAGGGCCAAGUCUGUGCAGGAGAAACUAGCAGAGGCCAUUUUGAAGGCGGCUCAGAGUCACUCAGAGCCAGAGCUGAGUGACACCAGCACUGAGACGGAGGAAGACCCCACGGAGAAAAACCAACAACCAGACACCAUUGGUACGGAACCAGAGCAAGCCGGGGCUUUUACUCUGGAGCGUCAGAUCAGUACAGAGGAAGUGAAGUGUGAGGAAGGUUCACUCAGUGCACAGGAAAUGACCUCACAGAGUGCUGCCGAGGGAAAAGAAGUCGGGACUGAGCUGAAGGAAGAUGAGGAAGAUGGUGCACCGGAGUCUGAACAGGUAACUGAAGAAACCAGUGGUGUGACAGAGGCGAAAGAGGAGGAUCCAAAAGCCAGUCCGGAGACGGAUGAUCAAGAGGAGGCGGACAGCAAAGUAGAAACAAAGGGGAAAGAAGAGGGCGAAGAAACUAAGGGCAACCAGGAAGAAGAUGAGGCUGUGGAUCUUCAGGCGGGCGAGCCAGCUAAAGCAAGUGAUUCUGUAACUAGUAAAGAGCAGCAGGAAGAGAAAAACACAGCAGAUCCUGACAUACCACCUAGUGAGUCAGAGGAGAUGAAAAGUACCAAAGAUGAGUCAUCUGCACCAGAAGAACCAGAGAGCAAGACAGAGAUAGAAACAGCUGUGACGGAUGAGGCAGGGACUGAGGUGGCAGAGAGUGAAGCAGUAGAGAUGAAAGCAAAGCCCACUGGGGAUUCAGAGUCCCAUAGCCACAAAGAGAUGCCUAUAACUGACAAGGACAGGCAGGGGGAUGGGGAGGAGGACAUGGUUGGAGGCACAGAGACUGAAGUCACAGCAGAUAAUUCAAGCAGCGUGUCAGAGAAAAGUGGAGGUACUACUGUCUGUGCUGAAAAGACAGCAGAGGGAGCUGAGAAGAGUGAGGAUGCACCUGGAGAAACCAAAGCCAAACUUGAGAGUGACACAGGGGAGGCUAUGAAGGAAGACAAACUAGAAAAAGAAGCUGGUCCGGAUGAAAUUGGAGGAGAAACUACUACAGAGGAUAAGGCAAGUGAUAAGGUAGAAAAUGACUUUGCCCAAAUUGAAGAAGGGAAAGUAAAGGACGGUGAAAAGACUGGAAAUGAUAAGAAAGAAGAAAAGCAAGAGCCUGAGGAAGUAAAUACUGGAGAAGCUAAGAGAGAUGAAGAGAAAGUUAGUGAGGGUAAGGUAGACAGAAGUGAGAAAGAUGGGGAGGAUAACGCAGAAGAGGGGACACAGGGUGGAGAAAAUGUUGAGGGGAAUAAGGCAGAGGAGGGAGAAACAGAUGACAGCAAAAAGGCAGCAGAAGUAGAAGAUAAGGUGGAGUGUGAAGAGAAGGUUGGACAGGCAGAAAAGGAAGACGAUGAUGGAGAGGAAAUUGUAAAAGAAGAGGGCAAGCUAGAACGUGGGGAAAUGGUUGAAGAAAAUAAAGCAGCAAUAGUAUCUGAACAUGAAACAGGAGAGAAAGAGAGAGAGGAAGUAGUUGAGGAAAAUGUUGUGGAUGCAGAGGAAGCCAGUGAACUUAAAGCGGAGGAAGGAGAAAACAUGACAACAACUGAGGUCAAAGUUGAAGAGACUGAGAUCAAAGACAAUGUUCAAGAAUCUGUAUGUGAUGCGGACGAGAAUGAUGAAUUUGAUGUAGAGAGUGGCUCAGCUCCAAUUGUUGGAGAUAGCACUGCGGCCAGAGAUGAGACCCUAGUCAGCAGGAAAGAAACAGAGAAAAAGGACAGUGAGGUAGAUUCUGAAAAUGGAGAGACAGCUGCAGCCUCUGAAGAUCAGAGUGACACCGCAAGAGAGGAGACAGAGUCCACAAACCAAGAUACCCAAGGCAAAAACAAGGUAGAUGAAAAAGACAAGGAGGCAGAAACAAAGACAGAUGACCUAAACAAGGUAGUGACAGAGGAAGAUCCUAAAGACCAGGAAGAGGCAAAUGACAAAUGUGAAAAUACCAAAGUAGAUCGGGAUGCAGACACAGAAGACAAAGAAUCUAAGGCUGAGGAAUCUAACAGAGAUAGCCAUGCUGGUUCACAUGUAGGGGACCCAGAGCCAGUUAACACUGGGGCUGAAUCCAAUGAAGAGGCUAUGUCAGAGAAUGCUGAUAAGGAGACUAAGAAUGUCAAGGAGAUAGAGGCAUCUGUAGAGUCUCAAGAGCAGUCGGAACUAAAAACUCAGUCAAAGGACAGAAUUGUAGAUGCUACACUUGAGAGUACAGAUAAGAACCCAGAUACAAGCACAGAUAACUUGGAUGAUGGCAAAGAGAAAGUUAGUGAUGCUACUAUAGAGGUGAUUGUUGUUUCUGAAGAGACACAAGCUCCAGCUUCAGAACCCAGAGCUAUGGAGCUAGAAGAUACUACAGAGACUGAAUCAGAUCUGAAGGAAAAAGAACAUAAAACGGAAGACGAAUCCACAGAAGGGGCAAGCAAGCCAUCUGAAGAAGGAGCCAGCGUUGUCCUGAAACCUCAGUCAGAAACACAACAGAAAGAAAGCAGUGCAUCAGGUAAAGACGCUAAUGUACUUGAGGAAAGUUUUAAAGCUGAGGACCAUGCUGCAACUCCAGAGACCUUGGAGAAAGGAGACAAUAGGGAUCUUGUAACUAACUGGGUGAAUGUACACCAAUCCUCAAAGUUCUUUGAGACAUUCAUAGAGCCCCUAGAUGACUUUACUUCUGACAAUGCCAUCAGUGAGUCUAAUUCGGAUGCCAGGGGUAUAGCGCCAACACACGUGACCGAAAUUUCCAGACCAGAGAGACCUACUAAAACGGCAAAGACACCAGACCCGAAACCUGACGAUCAUGAUACCAAUGCCUCGGAGAGGAGCGCAGCUGUUGGAGGCGGAGCUGGCACCAUUGUUGAGAGUAUAGUUACAGAACUUAAAGAGGCAGCCCCAUCCACAAAGGAUGACAAUGAGUCAAACAGUAAUAACAAGGUGGAAGUGAUCCAGUCAGAUCUCAGUAGUACUCACUCAAGAGACGAUGACGCCAGUGAAACUGGGCUAAUGAAAUACUCUCUCGAGGUGGAAGAGGGAACAGAAGUCACUCUCUUCACACUCUCUGCUGAACUUGAAGACAGCAGUAGAGAAGACACAGCUGGGCCACGGGAGGAGGGUCAGGGUUAUUCAGAGGAGCUCAAAGGAACAACAGGGAUGUCUGAGGAUGACAAGGACAAAGAUAUGACAAUGCAGGGAGAAACUGAUCUGACAGAAAUGUCCAAAAUUGAUGUUGAAAGGAUACAGGGCUCUAACCAUUCAGCUGCCAGUGGCAGGCCUGAAAAGAUCAUUGAGGAUCCAGCAGAGACUGAAGAAACCAAAGACAAUUCCGGGUUGGAUGAGCAACAAACAUUGCAAGAGAUAACCGUCCUGACAACGCUUUCCAAAAAUGGAGAUGAAACACAGGAGCAGUCUGAGAGUCCAGAGAAUCACUCUGAAUCUGGCACAACGUCAAGAGAACCAGAAGACACCAAAGAUACAAAGGAACCGAAAGAGCAAGAGGCUGCAGAGGUUACAGAAAUAACAGAGCUAAGAGCCAUUUCUAAAUCUGAGAAUGAGAGCCAGGAAUACUCCCAAAGUGUACAGCUCCGUUCUAAACAACUGGAUGGAAGCAGGAGGGGAGACAAAGAAGAUCUACAGCUGAUUGACCAGCUGAGCACCUGCUCAGUGGAAGACUCUUCGCUGUUUGGCCACACCUCAUACCCUCUGUUGACAACUGCACCGACUGACAGUAACUAUUAGAAAGCAACAGGCUGGCACAAGGGUAAGCUGCACCAUUAUUCCAUUUCUAUAUAUCUGAGAUUUGUUGAUAUCUGAACAGGAAAGUAAAAUAACACAUAGGCCUUUUAUUUGGAAUGACGUUUGCUCUAUCUAUAUUACAAAGCACUUGAGACAAUCAGAUGACUGCAGGAUGACCAGGAAGGAUAUUCUUCGACAUCACAUUCUUUCCGGAGUUGCGUUAUUCUUGAGAGGGACUUGCUGUAAUGGUUCUCAUGAGAGGACACUGCAGGAACAGUCGCUCCACAAUUGUGAAUACAUGUUUGAGUUUACUAAGAGCUUUAAUGAUUUCCCCCUUUUUUUUUUACCAGCAAAAAAAGUCUUGGUCAUGAAAAUGUGUCUUCAUAAAAAGUUUUGAUAGUAGCAUAGAUGUUUACAACCAUCCCUUUUUGGGGACAAACAGUGAGGCCUUGUCUGCUGGAGGUAUCAAGCACAGGUGUUGUCACCAGCCCCCUGUAAACAGAUACCCCUCAAUUCACGCUGCACAAAUAAAUAAAUCAUUCAUAGUCGUUAAGCCUGGUGGAGGCCAGCUUGCCCCAAAGCACCUUAACACACUUCGCAAGGUAUGGUUGUGUGAUGAUUGGUUUGGAGAGAAAAUAAAAUACCACUGACUUAAAGCACUACAACACUUUCGCGUUGAUGACAAAGACCUGAUUGGAUUAUAGUUUGGCACGGGCGAGGAAAUACAGUUGGCUCUUUAUACUGGAUGUAUAGCCUUAAUUACACAGAUAAUGUGCAUCGUUUAGACACAGAAAGAAGAUGUAUGAGAUAGGUCUCCAUAUUUUACAUUGUGAUAACUCUCCAGAGAUUUGUUUCACUUUAUCUGUAACGUAUACAUGACCUGUUGUCACAAAUUGUAUCCCUGCAUUUCCAUUCAACUUUCAAAGUGAUUACAAUGUAUUCCUUUCGAGAAUUUUCUAAUCCAAUUUAAUGGACAUGCAUUGAAAUCAAAUUCACCCAGUUCAUUUGAAAAUAUUGUAUGUCAAACAUACAAUGAAUGCCUGCUGUACACAACUACACAAACAGUAAUAAUAAAGACUUGCCUAGUUAAAUAAAGGUUCAAUAAAAGGUCAAAGGUCAAACAUACAGUAAUAAUGGUUGGAGAAAUUGUGAAAUGUCCUAUGUAGGAAACAGUUUGUGUCAAAAUGUGUUGCUGCUAACACAUCUAAUACCUGUGUCAUUCUUGGUUCGUUUAUUUCUUCAGUUGGGCUGGCAGGGUAGCCUAAUGGUUAGAGCGGUAGACUAGUAACCGGAAGGUUGCAAGUUCAAAUCCCUGAGCUGACAAGGUACAAAUCUCUCGUUCUGCCCCUGAACAGGCAGUUAACCCACUGUUCCUACCCUGAACAGGCAGUUAACCCACUGUUCCUAGGCUGUCAUUGAAAAUAAGAAUUUGUUCUUUAACUGACUUGCCUAGUUUAAUAAAGGUAAAAGUAAACAUUUCUUCAGUUGCCAUUCAUUAUGAAUCCUGUAUUUAAUAAUGAGGUGUUUAUUGUCACAAACAGCGAAUGUGUGCAGUGAAAUGUGGUGUUUUACAGGGUCAGCCAUAGUAGUAUGGCGCCCCUGGAGCAAAUCAGGGUUAAGUGACAUUGCUCAAGGGCACGUCGACUGAUUUUUCACCUUGUCGGCUCGGGUAUUCAAACCAGCAACCUUGCGGUUACUGACCCAACGCUAUAAACACUAGGCUACCUGUCGCCUAGUUUGGCAUAGUUUGGUUAGGAUUCUUCCUGUUUACGUAUAUAUCAUAUCAAUGUCAAAUCAUCUAGAAUGAAACUCAAUGUGAUUUCUCUAUUUUAUUGAAAAAUAAAAGCACAAAUCGACUGAG